CAACGUGCACAAUCUGCACUACGUGCGCAAUCUGCACUACGUGCGCAACCUGCACUACGUGCGCAAUCCGUACUACGCUCGAAAUCCGGGCAAUGUGCGCAAUCCGCACUACGCUUGAAAUCUGGGCAACGUGCGCAAUCUGCACCACAUGCGUAAUCCGCACUACGUGCAUAAUCCGCACUACAUACGCAAUCCGUAGUACACUCGAAAUCUGGGCAACGUUCACAAUCUACACUACAUGCGCAAUCUGCACUACGUACGCAAUCCAUACAUGCUUUGUACUUAUAGUAGAUUAA